AUGCCGCGGCGCAUUGCACACCUCAUGAUCCAAUCCAUUGCGCAUGUCCACUCGCAUGGCAUCGUGCAUGGAGAUUUGAAGCCCAGCAACUGGCUGUACGAUGGAAAGAACAAAGUCCCGAUCCUGUGCGAUUUCGAGACUGCCAGGGACCAUGACGUGGGUGUCACGGUGACCUCGAAGAUCCAAAGCCAGGGCUUUCAAGCGCCAGAGCUUCAGGACCCCUCGGCUCGACCGACCCUAGAAUCUGAUGUGUUCGCGUUGGGACGCAGCAUCCAGAACGUCCUCAGCUGCGUGCCCGAGUCCAGGCCUUCGGAGAAGAGCGAGCUGCACAGCUUCGUCAGCAAGAUGGUUUGCCAAAAUCCCAUGGAGCGCAUCGCAGCAAAAGACGCGGCCCAAGCUUGGUGGCAGGAAAUGCUUAGCUGCACCUCUGAUGGCUAUGAGCACAUUGUAAGGGCCGACGAAGUCCUGUACACGCAGGCUGAGUGCAGCCCGCACUUCAAGGACAAGAGAUCGCUGCAACAGCUCAUCGAUGCUAUCAUGAAAGAUCCAGAAUACCCCUUGAAGGAUGACCGCUUGAUCAUUGAUGUGGUGAAGAAAGGCUCAGCCCUCUUGAGCGUGGACAAUCGCCGGCUGUACUGCUUUCAUCAAGCUCAACGCCAGCUGCGGAAUACAACUGUUUGGAUCAAGAUCAGAGAACAUCCGCACAGCAUGGUCCAGGAGCGCUUUGUGCGCCAUUUCGAAACCACAAAUGGUGGCAAGUCUAUCCUUGUGCGCAUGCCUAAAAUGUGGACAGGCGAUUGGCAGCCCGGCCAAAACCUGCGGUAG